UGGUCUUGUUUUAUGUAACGUGAUUGAUAUAGAGCGUAUACACUGUAUACGUGUCGUAAAUACAGUUGUUGGAAAGUGAUUGUGAUAGUCGCAUAACACGAGUCGUGGCUCAUAUCGCCUGGAGCGCUGACGGACGGUGUGCCGGCGCGGCAGAUAGAGAAACGAUAUCUUUAACCUCAAUUAUUUUAAAUCCUUCCUAUAGUUGUUAUUAUAUUUUCCUUCAUGUGACAAAUUGUUAAGUUAUUAAGUAAACAUAAUAUUUUGAGGACAAUAACCUAUAAAUCAGCAAGCGCUCAGUCGCCCACAUUAAAUUGCCAUGUGAUUUGUUGCAAACACAAUAAUAUGGAUUUGCCAAAAAUUGUUGAUAAAAGUGGCUCAUUACGAUGGUUCCUUGUCGCCAGUUGUUUAUGUGGUCUGUCCCAUCUAUAGCAGUGCUGUUUGGGAUUUUCUGGUUACGAAAAAAGAGGGAAUUUGCCAAAUCUGACCCAGGUGGAAGAGAAAGGAUAAAGAGUUUGCAGGAGGAACUAGCAGAAGCCUUGAAAGCGGAAAUUGAAGCUCAGAGAGCAUCCCCACUGGGUAGAGCAGAACGCUCCAUUAUUAAAUCUGCACCAAUUGACAUUCUACCUCAAGGCAGCAGCUCUCAGAGAUCCUCACCACUAGAGCUUACUGAUGAAGAGAUUGACAUGGAGAUUGAAAAGAUAAUAAGAAAGAAGUCUAUAGAAAAAGAAAAGAAAUCUUCAUUUGUUGGCAGCCAAACCUUGUCAGUUAGCACUAAACAGGCCUCAUUUAUUGUAAAGGAGUCACCACCAAAACAGAUUUCCAUGCUUCAAUCCGAGAUGGCGUGCAUUAAAAAUGAACUUGAUAAUUUGUCACUAAAAUCUGCUAAUGGCACAAGUGUGGAAGACUGUAAUGGAAUGUCUGAAUCAAUAGAAACAUCUCAGACAUCUAGUGUGACGCAGGAAUCAGCUUUAGAUGUGAAAAUAGUUGAGGAGAGUACAAAAGCUGAUACAGAAAAUACACACACUAAUAAUUUAGAUAAUCAAUCUAGUGAUAGAAGUGACAAUGGUACUAAUAGGUUCUCAACAGCACCAGCCAGACGCAUUUCUGAAAGAGAUUCUGCGAACCAUAGUCCUGUUGAUCCUAUGUUAGCUAGUCCUUCAAUGUGUCACUUCUCUGAUAACCAUAGUGAGGGCUCAAGUGACAGUGGAAAAGGUUGCUCAGAAGCGGCCAGCCCUCCACCUGUUGGCAUGAACGUUGUGCCCACUGAGGCUGGGCUUAGAAUACAUCAAUUUGUAAUUUCUCAGACCCUGGUUGGUCUUUUAAUAGGAAAACAGGGUUCUUUUGUAACCCAAAUUAAAGCUAAAACUGGUGCAAGCGUGUACGUCAGGAGGCAUCCGGAUUCUGUGAAACAAAAGAUCUGUGCAGUUGAAGGAACACAAAGUGAAAUUGAAGCAGCAUUAGAAAUGAUCAAGGAAAAAUUCCCUGAGAAAAGGUUUCCAAACUUUUCCUUACAAGAAAUUAGUGCAGAAUUGUAUCAAAGACUUGUACCACUUGUCCCAGAGUUCCUUCAAUUGCAGCUCGUGGAGUCGGUCAACAACGACACGAUCAUGACGUGCCUGGUGAGCGCGGGCCACUUCUUCCUGCAACAACCGCUGCACCCAACCUUCCCCUCGCUGCACGCGCUGCACCGCCUCAUGGCUGCCACCUACCAGAAUCCGGAUGUGCCCGCGUUGCCACGCCCUGUGAAAGAGGGCUCCAUCUGCGCGGCGCCCACAGAGAACAACUGGUACCGCGCUCAAGUGAUCUCAACCUCAGAAGAGCAGGACACCUCUAUCGUGAAGCUGGUGGACUUCGGCGGGUACCUCACCGUCGACAACGACCAGCUCAAGCAGAUCCGCUCCGACUUCAUGACCCUGCCCUUCCAGGCCACCGAGGCUCUUCUGGCGUUCGUCAAGCCAGCAAAUAACGAGCCGGAGUGGAGCAGCGAGGCGCUGCGCAUCAUGGCGGGGCUGACGGCCGGCCAGCUGCUGCACGCGCAGGUCGCGGGCUACGACGAGGCCGGCCUGCCGUUAGUGCACCUCUACCUCACCCUCCAUCCACAGCAAGUGAUAUUCCUGAAUAGGGAGCUGGUGGACCGCGGGUUGGCGGAGUGGGAAGUGCCGGCCGACUCGUGAGCGCCCGCGGCGUGACGCUGACUAGUUAUAUGGGAUUGCAUUUCAAUCGACGUGUUAUCGCGUGCUCGGACCGCUCCGGGCACCGCCUAUUGUAGUUAAGCAGACGCGGUCUCGCAAUUUUAUUUGCGUACUUUUUAGUCUAUGACUUGGCACUUGGAGCUCUUCAAUAAACAUCGUUUUAUUUCA